AUGGGUCCGGGCGGAGGGGCCGCGGGCAGGGAGGAGGGGAGACAGGAGGAGAGACUGGGGCAGAGAUGGAAGCCGAGGCAGAGAGCCGGAGAGGGGCAGGGCCUGAGGCAGAAACAGAGGCCUAGUUGCUCUGGGCGAAUUGUGCGGUCCAACCUGGUCCAGCCGGGGCGGGAGAGUCCAGGGGGCUCAAAGCCAGGGGGACCCCCCCGCCGGCCUCAGCCCCCAUCUGUGGCCAACAACCAACUGCGAACGGCCAAGUACACGGCGCUGUCCUUCCUGCCCAAGAACCUCUUCGAGCAGUUCCACCGCCUGGCCAACGUGUACUUCGUGGGCAUCGCCCUACUCAACCUAGUGCCGGCCCUCAACGCCUUCCAGCCCGAGCUGGGCCUGGGCCCGCUGCUGCUCAUCCUGGCGGGCACUGCCGCCAGGGACCUGUGGCAGGACCUGGGCCGCCGCCGCUCAGACCACCGCAUCAAUCACAGGCCCUGCCUCGUCUUCUGCGGGGACGAAAAGAAAUACGUGACCAGAUAUUGGAAGGACGUGCACGUGGGUGACUUUGUCCAGCUCCACGGUAAUGAGAUCGUCCCUGCCGACAUCCUGUUCCUUGCUUCCAGCGACCCCGUGGGGAUGUGCUGCGUAGAGACCUCCAACCUGGACGGGGAGACCAACUUGAAGGAGAGGCAGGUGGCGCAGGGCUUCUUGGAGCCGGGUUCUGUAUUCAAUCCCUUGAAUUUUACCGGCAUAAUUGAGUGUGAGAAGCCCAACAACGACAUCAGUAGGUUUUGCGGUUCCAUCAUGCUCGAAAAUGGGAAGAAAGUUGGGCUGAAUAAGGAAAAUCUUUUGCUGAGAGGGUGUACAGUUAGAAAUACAGAAGCGGUGGAGGGAAUAGUGAUCUAUGCAGGCCAUGAGACUAAGACUUUGCUGAACAACCAGGGCCCCCGCUACAAGCGCAGCCGACUCGAAAGGCGGAUGAAUCGCGACGUCAUGUGGUGUAUCCUUAUCCUUGUUUUCAUGUGUGGGUUUUCAGCUAUCGGUCACGGACUCUGGGUAUGGCGAUACGGAGAGCAACAGAGACCGCUGUUUGACGUCCCCACUCCCGACGGACAAGUUCUGCCCCCAGGGCGAGCAGCAAUUUACCUCUUUUUGACAAUGAUGAUUCUUCUUCAGGUUCUGAUUCCAAUUUCUUUAUACGUUUCCAUUGAAAUUGUUAAAAUAUGUCAAGUGUUCUUCAUUCAUCAAGAUAAAGAGCUCUAUGAUGAAGAAACGGACUCUCAGCUGCAGUGCCGAACUCUGAACAUCACUGAAGACUUGGGGCAGAUACAGUACAUUUUUUCCGAUAAAACCGGAACUCUAACGGAGAAUAAAAUGGCUUUUCGAAGAUGCACCAUCUCCGGCAUUGAGUAUUCCCAUGAUGCCAGUGCCAGGCGCUUAGCGAUGUACCAGGAAGUGGACCCUGAGGAAGAGGAAGCAGCAGCAACAGGUGGGGCGCUCUCUUGGCAGGGAAAUAUCGGCUACCAUCAGGGUGCCCAGACGAUCCCCGGACCUCAGCCUAGCCAGUCCCUCCGCCGGCCUGGCAGUGGGACCGAAGACCAGAGAGACCGCAUCCUGUCUGAGAACACAGCAUUCAGCAGCCCCACGGAAAAAGACAUCAGCCCUGAUCCUGCCCUGCUUGAGAAGGUGAACGAAUGUGCCAGGCUUCUGCAGACCGUGAGAUACCAGGAACAGCCAGGAAUCCAACUCAGCCCUGACCUGGCAGACAUCUUGGAUUUCUUCAUAGCCUUGACCAUCUGCAACACGGUUGUGGUGACGUCUCCCUGGCAGUCUGAACCAAAGGGAGAACCGCGAUAUGAAGCUGAGAGCCCAGACGAAGCUGCCCUGGUGCAGGCGGCUCGCGCCUACGGCUGUGUGCUGGCCGGCCGGGGGCCGGGCCGGGUCUCCGUCACCCUGCCGCUCCUUGGAAGGCUUUCCUUCCGCCUCUUCCACACGCUGGCCUUCGACGCCGUCAGGAAGAGGAUGUCCGUGGUCGUCCGACACCCGCUUACCGGGGAAAUCAACGUGUACACCAAAGGAGCAGAUUCUGUCACGAUGCCGCUUCUUCAGGCUUGUCCGGCAGAUGUCCCCGGAGCAGAGCAGCAAAGGGAAAUUCAAAGCCAAACGCAGAAAUCUCUAAGCCGGUAUGCUGCAGACGGACUUCGGACUCUGUGUAUCGCCAAAAGGGUCCUAGGGCAGGAGGAGUACGCCUGUUGGCGGAAAAGCCAUCUGGAAGCGGAAUCCACAGUGGAAAACCAUGACGAACUUCUGUUUCAGUCUGCAGUCCGUCUGGAAACCAACCUGCAUCUCCUAGGUGUGACUGCCGUUGAGGAUCGCUUACAGGACGGGGUCCCAGAAACCAUCGCUACCUUGUGCCGGGCUGGGCUGCACAUCUGGGUUCUGACCGGAGACAAACAGGAGACAGCCCUUAACAUGGCUUACGCCUGCAAACUCCUGGAUCGGGACGAGAAUGUCAUCACUCUGAACGCCGACUCCCAAGCGGCCUGCUUGGCCCUGCUGGACAAAGAGAUUGGCUUCACGGGCUGUGGGACCUGGCCGGGCCUGGUGAUCGACGGGAGGACCCUGGCCUACAUCCUGGACCAACACUUGGAAGACAAAUUCCUGUCCGUCGCCAGGCGGUGCCGGGCCGUGCUCUGCUGUCGCGCUGCCCCGCUCCAGAAGAGCCUCGUGGUCAAGAUGGUCAGAAGCAGGCUCGGAGCCAUGACCUUGGCCAUAGGCGACGGAGCCAACGAUGUCAGCAUGAUUCAAGUGGCUGAUGUGGGCGUAGGAAUCACUGGCCAGGAGGGCAUGCAGGCAGUGAUGGCAAGUGAUUUUGCAGUCUCGCGCUUCCGGCAUUUGGAACGGCUCCUGCUCCUGCAUGGACACUGGUGUUACUCCCGCCUGGCUAACAUGGUGCUCUAUUUCUUCUACAAGAAUGCCAUGCUCAUGUUCCUUCUGUUUUGGUAUCAGUUUUACUGUGGCUUCUCUGGGUCUUCGAUGAUCGACCCAUGGUACCUGAUCUUCUUCAAUGUGCUAUUCUCCUCCAUGCCCCAGCUGGUGACUGGGAUGCUAGACAGGGACCUUCCAGCCGAAGUCCUGCUGGCCCUCCCUCAGCUCUACCAAAGAGGCCAGAAGACGGAGGAAUUCCAGCCUCAGAUGUUCUGGAUCACCAUGGCAGACGCCUUCUACCAAAGCCUCAUUUGCUUUUUCGUCCCCUACUUCGCCUAUGCCAGCUCCACCGUAGACGUGUUCUCCUGGGGGACCUCCGUCACUGCCAUCACCCUCUUCACCAUAAUAUUGCACCUGGGCAUUGAAACCAAGACAUGGACCUGGCUCCAUGUGGUGUCUUGUGGCUGCAGCCUCCUUUUGUUUUUCCUGGUGGCUUUGGUGUACAACGCUUCCUGCUCAACCUGUUUCCCUCCAUCCAACCCAUACUGGACCCUACAGAACCUCCUGGGUGACCCUGUCUUUUAUUUGACUUGUGUCCUGGCGCCUAUGGUAGCACUGCUUCCCCGGUUUUUGUGCCGGACCAUCGAGGGGACUCUCUCCCCAGACCCUCAUCAGUCAGGACACCAACGCGACCAUCCCAUCCCACCCGGAACUGGGGCAGAACAAUGCAGGACAAGCAUCUUCAACCCCCAAAGACAGUGACCCUUCUUAGAUGGGUUUCCAGGCUUCCUUCCAGCAGGCAUCUCCACCUGGACUCCAGCCAAGGGAGUCACCCAAGGCAGCAAGGUUUCCAGGGGAAAUGGACCUUUUGGGAACCCCAAAGCCCAAAUGCUCCCGAGCAGGCUUCGGGAAAUGACAUAAGAUGCCUGGGAGCAGAUCCCUGAAGGAGAAGCAACCAGGCCCCGUGGUCAUCUGAGUGGAGCGGGCUACCCUUAGACUGUAAGCUACCUGUGGACAGGAAAUGUGUCUGUCCUAUUGUUCUGUUGUACCCUCCCAAGUGCUUAGUACAGUACUCUGCACACAGUAAGUGCUCUAUAAAUACCAUUCAUUGAUUGAGUGGGCCAGCCCUAGAACAGUUUCCUUUCUGACCCACUAAGAAUUGGGGUCCAGUUGCUUUCAGCUCCAACCAGCCUUCCAGACCUCCGAACUACUCUGACUUACUUUAAGGGCAGGCUGAGGCCUGGGAAAGGGGCAAUCUCGAAACGAAUGUUUGAUGCUUUGACUGUUGACAUUUCUGUUUUCUACAUGUGUGGAAGCCUAGCCAAUUAUCUCUACGUGUUUCCAGGAUUGAUCGCUUAGCGUUUAUCAAAUCAGGAAGUCAGAGCAUCCGAGAAUGUCUAUUUAUAUGCUGUAAUGAGGAUAUCAUUUAAAUGCUGUAACGAAGACAGUCAGAACUGUACAGUAAAAUGAAGAAUGGCACUUGGAAAUUGAUAUUCAUACCUUUAGUAAUAGCAAUAAUAACAGUGAUAUUUGUUAGGCCCUUUCUUAGGUACCAAACACCAUACUAGAUACAAGGUUAUCAGCUCAGACACAGUUCUUGUCCCACACAGGGCUCAGAGUCUA